AUGCUCUCGUUCACGAUUUACGCGUUGUGCUUCUUGCUCGCUGCCGUCCAUGCCAUUCCCCUGAGACGUGCGCUGGAGGAACGCGACGUGAUCAGCCCACCUAUAACGAGUCCUGAUGCAAGCACGGUGUGGAAUGUAGGCGAGACGGUGACGGUGACAUGGGACUUGUCUGCCCUGCCGUCCGACGUCAACGUUACUGGAGUCACUGGGAAGUUGGUACUGGGUUACGAUACUUGGAAUAGUGAGAACCUCAUGCUCGAUACCCCGCUUGCGCAGAAGUUCCUGCUAAGCGCUGGCCAGGUCUCGUUCGCAGUACCUUCUGUACCGACGCGCAACAACUACAUCGUGGAUCUGUUCGGUGACUCCGGAAACAUCAGCCCGAACUUCACCAUCAUCGGCACCUCGGACGCUUCGAGCGCUGCUUCGACAGCGGCUGCAUCCACUUCCGUAGCUGGUAUGUCCUUCCUCCCUCCAUCCCGCUCUUCUCUUCACAGCUCGCUGCCCCAGUCUCUGCAACGACCUCUGAGUCCGUCUCCGUGA